AUGUCGGCGACGGGAUUGCGAGCGUUGCGAUACGCGCAAGAGCUCGAAAACGUGGGGUGCGUGGUGGCGAAUGACAUGGAUCCCACGGCCGCGGAGGCGAUCGAGAGAAACAAAGCGUACAACGCGCUUUGCUCACCGGAUAAGGCGGAGGCGAUCUCGCGAGUGAUUCCCCACAACGAAGACGUGCGAAUGGUGUGCAUGAAGCAUGAAAAAAUGUUUGACGUCGUCGACUUGGAUCCGUACGGAACGCCAUCGACGCUCCUGGACAGCGCGGUGACGUCGGUGAAAGAGGGAGGACUUUUGCUCGUCACCGCUACCGAUAUGGCGGUGCUUUGCGGGAACAACGCCGAGGUCGCUUGGGCCAAGUAUCAGUCGUAUCCGCUUCGUGCAAAGUAUUGUCACGAAAUGGCGGUUCGUACGCUCUUGGCGGCGGUGGAAAACGCCGCGAUCAAGCACCGACGGCACAUCGUUCCCGUGAUUUCGUUAUCGAUCGACUUUUACAUCCGUGUCUUCGUUCGCGUAUACACGAGCCCGCUGCAAAUGAAACAGACGCCGAGCAAGCUCAGCUACGUGUUUCAGUGCGUCGGUUGCGACGCGCACGAGCUCCAAGCCGUCGGUCGUCAGCAGACGAAAGGUAACGUCACCAAAUAUCAGCCCGGCGUCGGACCCGUGGUGCCGCAGCGAUGUUCUAGCUGUGGAUGGCACUAUAACAUGGGUGGUCCGAUCUGGAGCGACCCAAUCCACGACAAGACGUGGGUCACCAACGUCAAGAGCGAACUCGAGCGAAACAAGGAUGCGUACCCGGGGUACGGGAAAGUGCACGCGCUGCUCACGAUGGCGAGCGAAGAGCUUUUGGACGUACCGUUGCACUACGACUUACACGCCAUGGGUGGAACGCUGAAGGCUACGCCACCGAGCUUUUGGUUGUUCAAGUCAGCCGUCAUGAACGCCGGGUAUCGCGUGAGCGGAAGCCACUCAAACCCGCUCGCGAUUAAAACCGACGCCCCGGUGGACGUGCUUUGGGACAUCCUACGAUGCUGGGUGAAGGAGCACCCGGUGAAGCCGCAGUCGUCGCCGACACCAGGGGAAGCGAUAUUGGCCAAAGAACCGACGGUAAUCGCGAAUUGGACGCGACGCACCGAAGCUCAAAGCAAGGCGCAGAAAGACGGCGUGGCUCGGUUCCCGCAAAACCCGACGGCGGAUUGGGGUCCGAAAAGACGCGCGGGCAAGUAUCGCGAGGAAGAAUUAGAAGCCAAACGGCGAAAAGAAGAAGAGGAAGAUUAG